AUGUUAUCAAAAAAGCCAAUAGAAUAUUUUGAGCGUCUUUUGCAAACAUCAAAUAAAGAAAAGAACACUUUGGAGAAGUAUGUUACUUUGAAUGAUAAAUAUCCAUUGGCAUCGUAUGAAGUUUCGUAUUUGUUAGCAAAAACGAAAAAGCCUUUUACUAUUGGAGAGCAACUUUUACUACCUGCAGCUAUAAGAAUGUCUGAAAUUGUUCAUGGAAAACAGUAUGCUGCUGAAAUGAGUAAAAUUCCAUUAUCAAAUGACACUGUGUCCAAAAGAAUUUCAGACAUUAGCAAUGAUCAAUUUCAACAGCUUCUUAUGAGGCUUAAAGACAGCUCAAAGUUUGCAAUACAACUGGACGAGUCGACAGACAUUUCAAAAAUGGCACAGUUGUUACUUUUUAACUUAGGACUCGAAGGUAGUCUGAAAGACAAGGAAUUUCGGGAUAAAUUUGAACAGCCGGAAAAGCAGAAGGAAUUAGCUAGACUAUCUUACUAUCUUGAUAGUCACAGACACGAAAUGCUGGAAUUAAAACAUUAUAAUCUUGAUAGAGAUCAAAGUUCAUGUGCUAAGAAGACUGCAGACUACGUGUUCAAUAAUAUACAAAUGUGA